AUGAGCAUUCAGAAGGUGCAAGGUCGUCUUAUCAUUGACUCGCGUGGUAACCCCACUGUCGAGGUCGACAUCUGGACCCAGAAGGGUCUUUUCCGCGCUGGUGUGCCGUCGGGUGCCUCGACCGGUAUCCACGAGGCUGUGGAGCUCCGCGACGGUGACGCGAACAAGUGGGUCGGCAAGGGUGUCGACAAGGCUGUUUCCAACGUCAACGACAUCAUCGGCCCCGAGCUGAUCAAGUCGGGAAUCCCCGUUACGUCGCAGAAGGACAUUGAUGACUUCCUCCUCAAGCUCGACGGUACUCCUAACAAGGGCAAGCUCGGUGCCAACGCUAUCCUCGGUGUCUCGAUUGCCGCUGCCAAGGCUGGUGCCGGUGAGAAGAAUGUCCCGCUUUACGCCUACCUCGCGGAGAUUGCCAACACCAAGAAGCCCUACAUCCUCCCCGCCCCCGCUAUGAACGUCAUCAACGGUGGUUCGCACGCCGGCAACACCCUGGCCUUCCAGGAGUUCAUGAUCGUGCCCACUGGCGCCAAGACCUUCACUGAGGCCAUGCAGAUCGGCACUGAGGUCUACCACAACCUCAAGAAGGUCAUCAAGUCGAAGUACGGCAUUGACGCUACCAACGUUGGUGACGAGGGUGGUUUCGCCCCCAACGUCAAGUCGGCUGACGAGGCCCUUGACCUCCUUAUUGAGGCCAUCAACAAGGCCGGCUACGAGGGCCGCGUCAAGAUCUCGCUCGACGUUGCUUCGUCGGAGUUCUACAAGGACGGCAAGUACGACCUUGACUUCAAGAACCCCAACUCGGACUCCAGCAAGUGGAUCUCGGGUAAGGAGCUCGCCCAGAUCUAUCUCGGCUACAUCAAGAAGUACCCCAUCAUCUCGAUUGAGGACCCCUUCGACCAGGACGACUGGGAGGCCUGGUCGGUGCUCCGCGCCGAGGCUGGCAUCACCAUCAUUGGUGACGACCUGACGGUCACUAACCCCCUGCGUAUCAAGACCGCCAUUGAGAAGAAGGCCUGCAACGGUCUCCUCCUCAAGAUCAACCAGAUCGGCACCAUCUCGGAGUCGAUCCAGGCUGCUCAGCUCGCCCAGUCGGACAACUGGGCGGUCAUGGUCUCGCACCGCUCGGGUGAGACUGAGGACACGACCAUUGCCGACGUUGCUGUUGCUCUCAACUCGGGCAUCAUCAAGACCGGUGCCCCGGCCCGUUCGGAGCGUGUGUCUAAGUACAACGCCCUCCUCCGCAUCGAGUCGACCGAGCCCGACGCGGUCUACGCUGGCAUUGACGGCUUCACCAGCGGCGACAACGCCCCCAAGGUGAUCCGCAAGUAA